AUGAUGGAUUCUAGACUGCCUGCCGUCUCGAUGCACCCAACGCAACCACUCUCGAUCAUCUCAUCUACGGCACAAAGUAUCGACGACGCAUCCAUAAAUGAAUUGGUGACUGGAUUCAUGGCGCUUCAUCGAAGAUGCAUCGUGGAGGAUGCAACGAUCGCAACGUUCCUACCUCCCCUCGAUGACAAUAAGAUGAGGGGUUUUUGGCUAGGAUUGAUCCAGCAAUGUCGAUCUGGCACCCCGGAGACUGGGGAAAAAGUGAUCGUGUACCUAGUGAAGGAUGGCGCCAUCAGCGGUGUAGCAAGUUUGUUACUUCCCAUGCAGUCAGACGGGGAAUCAUCGGGCGUGGGUAGAGAAGUUGAUGGUUGA